CCAGCUGAAGAGCAUCCAAGUAUAUAUAAUAAAAGGACAAACUGUUUGAACUUGCGCCGAAACGUCACAUGCUUAACUGUCUGCAACCUAACACCAUCACCUGCAGCUUUAGUAUGCACGCGCAUCGUCGUAUGUUCCAACCCCCAGAAUCAGAUAGAUCUACCUACACCCCCUCCCCCGUCUUUUCCUUCCCGGUUCUCCCUUUCGUCUCCGCUCUCGCCGAACCCAAGGAACUCCACCAGCAACCCUCAGCAAACAUACUCAUCUCAUCCGGCGCGCAUCGCCUCACCAUGUCUUGCUCAAGGUGACACAGCAAUCCCGCCAAUCAACGCCAGACUCGCGGGGUGAACAAUGACGCCCCGGCAAGAGGAACAGCGUCCACCUCCACCACUCCUUCGAAAUCUUUCGUCCUUUUCCAAAGCCUCGGCCCCUUCAUCGCACGACGACGCCGAUGACGAGCAGAGCUCCACCGAGGGAACCUCCCAGAUGGAAUCCAAUCCGCCGUUGCCGCAGUACGAUGGCGAAGACACCCGCCUGACGAGCGACAAAGAGCUUUCCGGCUUCUACAUGUAUGGGUGGGCUGCCGAGGUUUUUGUAGUCUGCGGAAUCGGUAGCUUUAUUCCUGUUACCCUCGAACAACUCGCUCGUGAGAAUGGCGUCCUUCUCUCCGACCGUACCACUUCAUGCAAGACUUCACUCCCGCCCGCUGCUUCCUCUCCUCCAUUUUCCGCCUUCUCCCCCAAACCAGACACCGGACAAUGCGUCGUUUACAUACUCGGUAUUGAGAUCAACACGGCCAGCUUCGCCAUGUACACCUUCUCCAUAUCCGUGUUGAUCCAAGCCCUCCUCAUCAUUUCCAUGUCGGGCGCAGCAGACCACGGUCGCUUCCGCAAGACUCUUUUACUGUGGUUUGCUUUUGUGGGGAGUAUAGCGACUAUGCUGUUCCUACCAAUUGUGCCCAAACUCUAUGUGCUAGGCGCACUUCUGGCCAUUAUCGCAAACACCUGUUUCGGGGCUAGUUUCGUCCUAUUGAACUCGUUCUUGCCUCUACUGGUGCGCUUCCAUCCGACUGUGCGGUAUGCGGGUGCGUCGAACGAAUCCAGCUUCCUGGACGAAGAAGAAGACAUGGAUAGGUCUCAUGGAUCGGAAUCUUCCCUCAUUCAAGACGCCCAAUACUCUUCCAACGAGCUGGCCCGAGACCAGAAUGUGCUCGACGGCGUAAUGGAUGCGACGACAGCUUUACUCCCACGCUCCCAAUCCGACGCAGACUUCACGGUUCCCAACCCCAGAUCCAGCGCAACACCAUCCCCAGAAUUGGCCCUCUCCACCAAAAUAUCUUCCUACGGCAUUGCUAUAGGCUACAUCGCAGCACUCCUCGUCCAAACCAUUGGCGUUCUCGUCGUCAUCGUCUUCAAAAGCUCAAACUUUGGUCUCCGUCUAGUCCUCUUCAUCGUAGGCGCAUGGUGGUUCAUCUUCACCAUCCCAACAGCCAUGUGGCUUCGCCCUCGCCCAGGCCCACCCUUGCACAUCGCGGCCGACAAAUCCAACCUGCGCACCUGCAUCGCAUACUUUACAUACAGCUGGAAGAGCCUCGGGCGCACGAUCAAACACGCGCGCCUCCUCAAAGACGUGCUCCUCUUCCUAGCAGCAUGGUUCCUCCUCAGCGACAGCAUCGCCACCGUCUCCGGCACCGCCGUCCUCUUCGCAAAAACAACCCUCGGAAUGGGAUACGCCCCGCUCGCCCUCAUCAACGUCAUCGCCACCAUCUCCGGUGUUCUCGGCGCCUUCACCUGGUCCCGCAUCAGCAUCGCCCUGGGUCUCAAACCCUCCCAAACGAUCCUCGCUUGCAUUGUCCUCUUCGAAGUCAUUCCUUUGUACGGCUUAAUCGGGUACAUCCCCGCGGUCCGCAGACUCGGCGUCUUCGGCCUCCAGCAGCAGUGGGAAAUGUACCCCCUCGGCGCCGUGUAUGGCUUUGUCCUGGGCGGCCUGAGCAGCUAUUGCAGGAGUCUUUUUGGCGAACUCAUCCCGCCGGGCUAUGAGGCCGCGUUUUACGCGCUGUAUGCUAUUACCGAUAAGGGGAGCAGUGUGUUUGGCCCUGCGAUUGUAGGCGCCAUUACGGAUGCGUAUGGCGAGAUUCGACCGGCAUUCUGGUUCCUGGCGGUCCUUGUCGGUCUCCCAUUCCCGAUCCUGAUGUUGGUCGAUGUCGAUAGAGGCAAGGCCGAGGGCAUGGCAUUGGCCCGCGAACUCGAGGCCCUAGCCAAAGCCGACGACGGCGAGCAAGAUGCGAUUAUAGCGAGCGAGCCUUUGCUUCGUCAAGGCACAGACGAAGAUUACGAGUGA